CCAGCAGCCGCGGCGAAGCAGCAGCACCCUCCUCCCACCACCGGGGAGAGAGAGGCCUCCACCACCGCCACCGUCGCCGCAGCGAGGCGCCUCCCUCCGCCCCCCCCCCAUUGCGCGCCCCUUCCUGUCCUCCGGAGUCCGGACCCCGCCUUCACCAUGGCCGCCACGGCGCCAGGCGGGGCCCACCUUGACGCCGUCGCGGUGGACGCGAUGCAGGUCGACCCGCCGCGCGCGUCGGCGGAGGAGAAGCAUGGCCCCACUAUAGUGGGAGGAAAUGAUCCAGUUACAGGUCAUAUAAUUUCAACUACUAUUGGGGGAAAGAACGAUGAGCCCAAAAGGACUAUUAGCUAUAUGGCUGAAAGGGUUGUUGGAACCGGAUCCUUUGGUGUUGUAUUCCAGGCAAAAUGCCUUGAGACUGGUGAAACUGUUGCCAUUAAGAAGGUCUUACAGGACAAACGAUACAAGAACAGAGAGUUGCAGAUAAUGCGAUCGAUGGAUCAUUGCAAUGUCAUCUCCCUAAAGCAUUGCUUCUUCUCUACCACUAGCAGAGAUGAACUUUUCCUCAACUUAGUCAUGGAGUUUGUUCCUGAGUCACUUUAUCGUGUCCUGAAACACUACAAAGAUAUGAAGCAGAGGAUGCCACUUAUAUAUGUCAAACUUUACAUGUAUCAGAUAUUCCGGGGAUUAGCUUAUAUUCACACUGCUCCUGGAGUUUGUCACCGAGAUAUAAAGCCACAAAAUAUCUUGGUUGAUCCUCUUACUCACCAAGUGAAGGUCUGCGAUUUUGGCAGUGCUAAAAUGCUGAUUAAAGGUGAAGCGAAUAUAUCAUAUAUAUGCUCACGUUACUAUCGUGCUCCUGAGCUCAUAUUUGGUGCAACCGAGUACACAACAUCAAUUGAUAUAUGGUCUGCUGGAUGUGUACUUGCUGAGCUUCUUCUUGGUCAACCUCUGUUUCCUGGUGAAAGUGCUGUGGACCAGCUUGUUGAGAUAAUUAAGGUUUUGGGUACUCCAACGCGAGAGGAAAUCCGUUGCAUGAACCCCAAUUACACAGAAUUCAAAUUUCCUCAGAUAAAAGCAUGCCCAUGGCACAAGAUCUUCCACAAGCGAAUGCCUCCUGAAGCAAUAGAUCUUGUGUCCCGUCUUCUUCAGUAUUCGCCAAAUCUGCGAUGUACUGCACUGGAGGCAUGUGCUCAUUCAUUUUUUGAUGAGCUACGAGAACCACAUGCAAGACUGCCAAAUGGCCGCCCAUUUCCGCCACUGUUCAACUUUAAACAAGAAUUAACACAUGCACACCCAGAGCUUGUGAGCAGACUGUUACCAGAGCAUGCACGACGGCAUUCAGGAUUUUAAUCGUUUCACGCUGGACCAUAGGAUGAAGCGUGGUAUGACAACCUUUACACUUGUCUGCUCAUACCUGUGUAUGCCAAAAGGGCAAAUCACAUUUCUCACUUUAAUUAAAAUUUUAGAACCUAAUCAUCUUCUUGCAAAGCUGACCAUGGGCUCCCCUGUCCACAUUCUAAAUUUCUAAUGUUGAAUCUUGAGGAAGCCAUUAUGUCCAGCGUUCUGCCAAAGAGGGGCCCAAAUAGCUGGAGGGAUGGUGGGUGUAUUGUUAAGCUGUGGAGGGUGACUUAUGUUAAAACUUCCCUUGCUGUAUGUUUCAUGUCCGUAGGGCACAUGUACCCAUUCAACUUCUACUUGUCAUUUUCAUAAUCAUAACUGAUGUAACGAGCUUUUACAAAUUAAUUUCGCAAUGAUGGUUGAUUCGUAUGCCAUUAUAUGUGAAUUGACUAUCGUGUUCUACUGAUGUCAACUCAACAAUGU